AUGUUGUCAAAAAAUAACCUCUCUCGAAGGAACUCGAGAAAUUACUCUACUAUUGGAGCACCGGCGCCGCUGUCACCGACCAUCGAUGGAAUUGAGUCACAAUCAAAGGCUUCAUUGGACACACAGAACCCUACAACCGCCGCCGCUGACACCACCACGGCCAGAGGGAGGUCCAAGACGAGCGUCCAUGUAACAGCCCUAGAUGGCAUAGUGAACGUCAACUCACUCUUCACCAUGGCAAUCUUCAUAGGCUUCUCCCUAACUCUGCCUGCUGCCGGCAGCGCCGGGAGUCCGACAUCAUGCACCGCUAGCGUCAAAACAAUCAGGAGACUUAUCGUUUUCGAAGUGAUUUCGUUCAGUUUCUUUCUCUUUUCCUCACUCAUAGCCCAAAGUCUCAAGCUGGCAAUCAACUUGUUGAACAAUUUAGAUGCAACUGACCCUCAUAAAGCUGAUAUUGACUCUUCUUACCACAAAUACGCCUUGUUUGGCUCCGCCAUUGGAUCUGUAAUGGGAUGUGUGUUCUUGAUGCUUUCGAUUGUGGAUUUCGUUCAGGUGAAACUGGGCAUACUUUCUUGCGGACAUGAAUCUGUAUACGCCGUUGUAACACUGGUUGUAUUAGUAGGUUCUGCCUUACUGGUUUAUAUUACUACUUCCAUAUAUGCAGCAUUUUUUAUGUAUAACUUCCAUUUGUUUCCAAGGGAUGAGUUGAAAAUUGCGAUGCCUUCUUACAGCUUUUCAUGCCAACCGUCAUAUUUGACCUCUAUGGCUCGAGAAGGUUUUGAUUUUAAUGCCUGCAUAUAUGAUGGUAUAUCAUACUUGUCCAGAGCACAAGAACUGGCUGCAGCAGAUCAAAUUGGACUUUCAUCACCCAGUAGCUUUCUCGUGCCAUCUUCAUCAGCCAAUUCAAUUGCUGAUUCUGUUUUUAGAGAAAGCACAAAAUCUCGAGUUAGACAUUGGAUAAAUGCUUGUAAAGAUUCAAACAAGAAGACAGAGGACGUUUUGAUCAGUAUGUUGAGAAAACUUGUCUCAGGAAGUGAAGUUUACGGCUCUAGACCGUGCUUAAUUAUAACCGUCUGUAGUGAACGUCAAGUGCAAAUUUUAUUAGAAAUGUUGAAGGAGUUUAUUGAUGUUGUACCUAUGUUAGUUCCUGCAAGAGGAGGAGGAAUACAGGCUGUUCGAGUUGUUUUGACAAGUUCAGAAGAAGACAAGAACCUUCUCGAGAAGGAACUUCGGGAUAUGGAAGAGGAGCGUAAUAAACGUGUUCGUGGCUUUCGAGAGGUGAUAGACUUGAUUUCCACUUCUCAGAAACCUGUCGUUGCUCACAAUUCACUCAGUGAUUUUACAUUUAUAUAUUCGAAGUUCCUGGGUCCACUUCCUUCAACAGUCAAUGAAUUCAGAAGUUCCUUGCUAUUGGUCUUUCCUCGUAUACUUGAUGUUAACCAUCUUAUGAAGGAAAUUGACCCUCUUGAAAAAGCGAAUAAUCUACCCGCGUCCAUCUCCUAUUUGAGGAGGAAGUUCUUUGCGCCCAUAGAUAUGGAAGUUUCUCACCGAGCUGAGGCAAACAAAGUCCAGAGUCAUGGCCAUAAUGUUCUGCGAAUAAGCGAGUUGUUUGCUAAGCUGUGCUCUGUAUUAAAAAUCAAUCCUGAAACUUUUGAAGAUGACUACAGCAAUUUGUCAUCUGCCCUUCAACGCCAUGCCAAUACAUUUAACCCUUCCUUGACCAGUUCUGAAGAUCCCAUUGAUGAAGAUGUUAGAAUUUGGAAUAAAAAUAACAGAAGGAUUAGCAUCGACAAUUUGGUUUUCUUAUGGGGGUUAGAAAGUGGGAUUUCUGCUGGAAAGCUGAAAGCCCUUCUUCAUGUUUCACAUGAAGUGUUUUCCAAUGAAUUUGAUGUUCAAAUGGUGGAUAAGAAUUGUGCAGUAGUUGUUUUCUGGACUCCCGGGGUUUCAGAACAUUUUCUGAGGAUAAUGGAUUCUGGAGAAAUCUUCAGUGUAUCUCUGAAAGAUAUGAUCUCGAAAGGAUUAGCAGCAGCAAGUUACAAGACAUACAAACGUGUCUGUAAAUUAGGUUUAUGGGAAGUAGACUUAGCAGAUGCAUUAGACAAAGCCUUGGAAGAAACUGAGAGACUUUCGGAAGCCAAGUCGAAGGAAGAUCUAUCAGUAAUCAACUGGAACAAUGACGAAAUGAUUAAUUUAGAUGACCUUUAA